AUGGAACACAAGAGCAAGCUAAUGGCAACUGCAAGUAGGCCAGGUCAAGCACGAAUGCAUGCUAAGAGUAGAAGGGUAGACAUAUUUAGUCAUCUUCCUGACGAAGUUGCCCUUCGCAUUCUUUGCCGCCUUUCUAUAAAAGACCUCACUCAUUUCGGCUGUGUGUCGAAAAGAUGUAGACAACUCUACCUGUUGUCUCCAGUAUUGCAUUUUGAUGAAUUUCCCAAGGCAAAUACAUUGACGUGUGGUAAAAGGCUGAAAUUGUUGAACUGUUUGGAUAGGUAUUUGGUUCACCGUGGGGAUAAUAAGAUAAUGAAGUUUAGUGUUUGUUGGGCUCGCCAUCGAUUACCUGCUGAUGAGGCUACGCAAUGCUUCUGUGAUGAGUAUUAUAGAAUCAUGACAUGGAUCCACAAUGCAGUAAGGUGUAAAGUGCAAGUUCUUGAUCUUGAGAUCUCUAUGUUUGAGGACAUGGCAUUUCCAUCUUGUGUCUUUCCUUGUGAAUCUUUGGUGCAUCUAUCGUUGGACAUGAAGUGUAGGAUUGAAGUGCCCUCCACUUUUUUCUCUAAUCUCCAGUACUUGGACUUGAGCAAGGUUAAUAUAGUAGAUGAGGGGUUCUUCAAAUGGAUCUCGUGUUCUUGCAAAGUCAUUAAGGAGUUAAACCUUCACCAAGUUUAUGGGCCAAAAAAUGUCACCAUCGAAAGCUGGUCUUUGGAAUCAUUUUCUCUUGAGUGUCACAAGCUGAUUGACAUCUGCCACCUCAACAUCUCCGGUGAGAAACUUGAAGAAAUAUUCAUAGACUGGAAAUUUGCUACCCCUAAUGGUAAAUCAUUAAGUAUUUUUGCCCCAAAUCUCGAAAAGUUUUAUUGGUUCGGGAAUUUUGUGCGCAACCCAAGUCUGGGAAACCCUGGAUGUUUAAAAGAAGUGGGGAUUUUUCUGGAUCCUGAAGCAGAUGACUAUAAGUAUGUAUUUGAUGAUGUUUACACUUCAUCCGAGGUUAACUUUCUUAAUCUAAAUGAAGAGACCAUUAAGGCUCUGUUUAGGGAUGGAUCCAUGCCAGCUCCAUUUGAAAAUAUUCGCCAUUUGCGUGUUCAUAUUAGGAGCUUUAUUAAUGACCUAGUACCAGCAAUGGUCUUUCUUUUUUCUGGACUGCAUAACUUGUAUACCUUAUACAUAAAGUCUAGCCCGCCUUUAGUCGAGCCCGAAUCUAAUAAUGCAUCUGGGUUUGUUAUGGGACACUGGAGCAUGCAAAACCUUGCUUUUAUUAAACAGCUGAAGGAGGUUACGAUAGAGCUUUCGCAUGGAUCUAAUGGAGUUGAGUUUGCAAUGUAUAUGCUUGCGCAUGCUCAGAAUUUGGAGAAGAUGGUCAUAAUUCAUUUGCCGAAGCAAUAUGUUAGGAGGAAGAUAAAGAAAAGCAAGAAUAUUUCUAAGGCAAAAAUUGUUUUCAAGGAAAGAAAUAGAGAUCUGGUUUGA